UGGAAACAGACUCGGUAGUUCACGUAGUUUGACGCACGGCAUACAAGUCAAUCAUGAAGUUAGUGUGACAGGCGCAAAAAAAUCGUCUCGUGCUAGGACUCAAACAACGGACUGUACACCAGCAGCUGUGUAUAUUCGCAGGCGGGACAGCCAUGCGCAGCUGCGUGCGGAGCUCCAGGGCUCUGUCCCCGGCCCUGUUCCCCCGACUGCGGUCAGAUGCUGGCUGUUGGGGGACCCAGCCUUCCCGCCGCGGCCUCUGGAUUGCUCCUCGGCACCUGUCACCGGUAGGAGAUGCUCACCAGCCUACCCCUUUGCCCAGUCAGGCCCGAGUUGUGAUCUGUGGUGGGGGUGUAGUGGGCACCUCUGUGGCAUAUCAUCUGGCAAAACUGGGAUGGACAGAGAUUGUACUUCUUGAGCAAGGAAGGUUGGGAGCUGGUACCACUCGCAUGUCAGCAGGCAUCAUCAGCGUCGCCAAGCCCAUCUUCAUAGAAAGCAAGAUGGCUGAUUAUUCAAGCACACUGUACGAGCGUCUGGAAGAUGAAACUGGCGUUAAAACAGGUUUUGUGAGAACCGGCUCCCUAUGUUUGGCCCAGAAUCAGGAUCGUUUCCUGUCUUUGAAGCGCCUGGCAUCCAGGCUUAAGGUCCUGGGCAUCACCUGUAAUGUCAUCAAACCCAAAGAGGUGGCCAAGCUGCACCCACUGGUUAACAUCCAUGACCUGGUUGGGGCACUCCACUUACCCGGAGACGCUGUGGUGUCGCCUGCAGACGUCAACCAUGCCCUCGCUGUGGCGGCCGCCAGUCACGGGGUGCAAAUCCAUGAGCGCACCCAUGUUAACCACAUCCUGCUGGAGAGAGGCCACGUGACCGGCGUAGAGACGGACAGAGGCCCCAUCGAGUGCGAGUACUUCGUCAACUGUGCUGGACAGUGGGCGUAUGAGCUGGGCCAGGCCAGUGAGACCAAAGUGUCAGUCCCGCUGCACGGCUGCGAGCACUUCUACCUCCUCACCAAGCCACUGGAGCAGCCACUGUCCCCAAACACCCCUGUGGUGAUGGACAUGGACGGGAGAAUCUACGUGCAGCCGUGGCAGGGCGGGGUUCUUUCCGGGGGCUUUGAGAAGAACCCCAAGCCCAUCUUCACUGAGGGAAGGAACCAGUUGGACGUGCACAAUAUGCAGGAGGACUGGGACCAUUUCGAGCCCAUGCUGAGUGCCCUUCUGAGGCGGAUGCCAGGUCUGGAGUCAUGUGAGAUCCAGCAGCUGGUCAACUGCCCUGAGUCCUUCACCCCGGACAUGCGCUGCCUGAUGGGCGAGACGCCCAGCGUGCACGGAUACUACGUCCUGGCCGGCAUGAACUCCUCCGGCCUCUCCUUCGCAGGCGGAGCCGGGAAGUACUUGGCCGAGUGGAUGACGUACGGCUACCCCACGGCUAACGUCUGGCCCCUGGACAUCAAGCGCUUCGGGAACCUGCAGAGCAGCCGGACGUUCCUGCGCCACCGCGUCAUGGAGGUCACACCCCUGCUGUACGAGCUAAAGGUUCCUCGUUGGGACUUCCAGACGGGCCGUCAGCUCCGCACCAGCCCUCUGUACGACCGGCUAGACACCCAGGGGGCGCGCUGGAUGGAGAAGCACGGCUUUGAGAGGGCCAAGUACUUUGUCCCCCCGGGGAAGGACCUGCUGUCUCUGGACGCGAGUAAGACGUUCUACAAGCCUGACUGGUUUGAUAUAGUCGGGACGGAGGUGAAGUGUUGUAAGGAGGCCGUGUGUGUCAUUGACAUGUCCUCCUUCACCAAGUUCGAGCUGACGUCUUCUGGAGACCAGGCGCUGGAGCUGCUGCAGCACCUGUGUGCCAAUGACCUGGACGUGCCCGUGGGCCACAUCGUCCACACCGGCAUGCUGAACGAGAGAGGGGGCUACGAGAACGACUGCAGCGUGGUGCGCCUCAGCAAGAACACCUUCUUCAUCAUCUCCCCUACGGAUCAGCAGGUGCACUGCUGGGCCUGGAUCAAGAAGCACAUGCCCAACGACCCACAGCUCCACCUGGAGGACGUCAGCUGGAAGUACACCGCUCUGAACCUGAUUGGGCCGCGAGCGAUGGACGUGCUGUCUGAGCUGUCCUACGUCCCCAUGACGCCCGAGCACUUCCCCUCCCUCUUCUGCAAGGAAAUGAGUGUGGGCUACGCCAACGGCAUCCGGGUGAUGAGCAUGACCCACACAGGGGAGCCCGGCUUCAUGCUCUACAUCCCCAUAGAGUAUGCGCUGCAUGUGUAUAACGAGGUGAUGUCGGUGGGCCAGAAGUACGGCAUCCGCAACGCCGGCUACUACGCCCUGCGCAGCCUGCGCAUCGAGAAGUUCUUCGCCUUCUGGGGACAGGACCUGGACUCCUUCACCACGCCGCUGGAGUGCGGACGCGAGUUCAGGGUCAAGUUCGACAAGGACACAGACUUCCUGGGUCGCGAGGCCCUGCUGCAGCAGCGUGCGGCCGGGGUGACGCGGCGCUUCGUCAUGCUGGUGCUGGAGGACCACGACACGGAGCUGGACCUGUGGCCGUGGUGGGGCGAGCCGGUCUACCGCAACGGCCAGCUGGCCGGCGUGACCAGCAGCAGCGCCUACAGCUACACGCUGGAGCGCCACGUCUGCCUGGGCUUCGUCAGCCCGCCCGCCACGCCCGACGGCCUGCCCGGCGUCAUCACGCCCGACUUCAUCAACCGCGGCGACUACGAGGUGGACAUCGCCGGCCAGCGCUACCCGGCCAAGGCCAAGCUCUACCCCUUCAGCUCGCUCUUCGCCCAGCAGCGCCGCCGCAAGGACGACAUGGAGCUCAGCAACUUCCAGGGCAAGUGAGGAGAGUGGAGGUUGCAGGAGGGUGGAGGUGGAGGUGGAGGUGGUGGAGCCUAUGGCGACUGAGGCAGAAGGGAGAACGGGGGAGUAGGACUACAGGAGUGGGGGUCUCGUCUACGUUGAGUAUGGGAGGGUUAGACAAGAAGAUCCCAGAAGGAUAACACCCUUCCAUCAUCACCUGUGCCUCUUCUUGAAGAAAUAAGGGGCUCUGUGGCGAACAUGUGGCUGAGACAGAAGAGGAGGGUGGAGGAGUGGGAGACUUGUCAUUUGUGAGGAGGGAUCACAGCAGGUUGGAGAUCUUAAAGAACAGCGGAGAAAGAUGUCACCCACCUCCCCUACUGCCUUUUACAAGGAAGUGACAAGACAUGAGGAUGACAGGGGCGGAGGGGGCUGUUCCAGCCUCUGUAGGUCUCCAUCUCCAAGAGAGAAGCUCUGAAAAACUUGCACAGCAGUCUGCCCUCUUAGAAGCGCUUUUGAAACAAGAGCAAUAUCACUUACAUGCCAGAUGACACGUUUUGUUCCUGGUGUGUCAGAUGGAAUCCAUCUGACGUUCAGACUCUUCCCGUUCACUCUGGUGAACAUGCCCUCUCUUUUUGUUCUUUUCUUUCUCUCUCCCUGGAAGUCCAUGUCACUCACUCUGAGGUGGUCUACCUUGAGGGAUUGUAUGCAUAGCCAAAUACAGAGACGUGAGUGCAGCCGUGUCUGAUCUGAAGAGAACUGUGUGAGCAGUGAUCACUACACAGCCGUGCCCUGCUGAACCCUCGCCUCUCCUCUCCUCUCCUCUCCUGUCUUCAGACAACCAAGUCUCCCUGAGUAUGCAUUUGCCAUCUGCCAGCAAGAUGAACCACGUUUUCGCUGCUGAAUGGACUCUGGCUAGACAGAUAGUUAAACAGGACUUUAAUUCUCAUGUCACUUUCUCUCUUCCAGCUGGAUGGGUUUUUUUCUUUUCCUUUCUGUUGUUGUGUCCUUUUCUGCCUCUCUGCCUGUUAAUCUGAAUUUGUCUUUUCUUUUCUUUCUCUCUUUCCUCGGCGCUCUUUAUAUUUGUCUUCAAGAGCCCCCAAGCUGCUUGUCUUUUUUGUAUUUGCUCCUUUCAUUCGUGUCAGGAGGGCAAAGGAUAGGUUUAACCGUCUGUGCAAAUGUGUCUUGGCUUGCUCGGUAGUUGGUAGGCUAUUGCUGGGAGUUUGUUGGUUUCAUUGCUGCGGUAGUUCAAGGCAGUAUGGAUAAUUGAGGCCCGUGACAACGUGGGGAAUUGACACCUGUGUCUGAGGGGGUUGUUAUCAUCGACCUGUUAUCCAGUGAGCCGCCAUGUUGUUGAGGAGUGUAUAGUAUCAUGUAUGUGUCGAAAAGAACAGAGGAUGGCCCUCGUUAUGCACAGCAAGAGACGUACAUUUCAACUGGGAAAGGGAUGUAUUUUUCUACUGUCUUUGUACAGAAUCUCUCCUAAGGGUUAAAUGUAUCAUAUGUGUUUAAAAGUACUUGUAUUUAUUUCUGUUGUGUACUUGUAUAUCAGACAGAACAAUUUGUAUCAGAUAUAUAUAAAUAUAUAAAUAGUAUACUAAGCCAAUCGUCCACCACCACAUAAACAUGGAGAAGUUUCUGUGAGCAUUUGGUCAAUAAUCAACUGUGUCAUAAAGCACAUUGGAUGCAGUGUUGUGUAUGUGUUGGUCUAGGUGUUGUGCUUCACCAUGCCUCAGAUUUCUCGGUGUCUCAUGAAGUCAAACAGUAAGUCCUGUUCACUCAUGAUGUGGGUGAGCUCCAACUCUUAUGGUGGCAAGACUGGUGUACAGUAUCAGUGGCAUACUGUGUAUCAGUUGAAGGGAGAUAUUUAUUCCUGAAGUUGCAUUGAAUGGCAGAAUGGAUCACGAGAGAUCUCAUUCUCAUGUGAUCUGAAAAGAGAUGAUUUUGGGUCGAUUGGUCACCUGAGGUGAUAACUUGAUAUGCUCUUGUCUCACUACACACUGUAACCGGGCAAAUACACCUAAUGUGACAAGAUCGAGGCGAGCGACGGAAGUAAUUGACUUUGUAUUGAGUCGUACGACAAAGGCGAUUCUGGAGACUAGAAGCGAUUCGCACACCCGAGAGCGACAGUUUGAAGUUGAAAUCCUGGCUACUUUCUAUGACAUGGUUCGGCGACCAGCUGCGACAGCCAAUGACUGUAUAGAGGUCAGUGACCAAGCCAAUGGGAAUGUUUGAAUGCUUGGCCUUCUGCCUGUAACGGACAUAUGCUAGUCGCUUCAAUCGCUCGUAUCGCUCUUUCUGCACAGAAGCGAUUCUCUGUCGCUUCAAUCGCGUCGUGCUAGGUGUAUUUGCCCAGUUAGAAUGGAAAGCUCCCCAAAUAACCUGAAGUUCCUUUAGUCGAUGUGGAUGAACCCCUAAAAGGUAUGUGGGGAAGGUUUAUUUGACAAAUUGGUCAUUGGAAGAACCCUGAGGUUUUCUUGAAGGAUCCUCAGAGAACAUAGAAACCCAAUGUUUCUUUGAAGAACCUUCGAUUGUCACUGGGGAAGAACCCCUAAGGGUUCUCUACAGAACCUUUGGGUUCUUCCCCAAACUUUAACGUUAUUCAAUUAACUUUUUGGGUUGCUCUGAAAGCUGUCAGAUUCCCCACGAUCCAAUUGAAGGUUAUUUGAGGACAUUUUUACAGUUCUUGAUUUCUUGAGACUGAACGCUGUUUUUGUUGAGAAUAGCUGGCUGUCAGGGUUGGCAGUAGCUCUGGGCUGAAAAAGUCAUUCGUAAGGAUCCAUAUGCGUGUGGAUGGAUCCUCCACUGUUUCUUGUGUUGGGAGUUUGUGUACAGGUUAUGCUACCAAGGUGCUGCUGCAUCACCAAGGUGUCAUGAACUGUUCAUGGUAGUCAUCUGUUGUAGGUGUCACUAGUGAAACAUUUACCAACACGCUGUGAAGGCCCGCUGCCUGAUGUGGUGUGUUUUUCUAGUCUUGCCAAUCAGUUUCAGUGCUGUUGUAGGCUUUUUUGUGAUUUCUGUGUAUAUCAUAAACCAAAGGCACCACAGGCUUUUUGUGCGCAAUCACCACCAUACCUGUGACAUAACAUUUUGGAUAGGCGUAUUCCUUGGUGGUUUUUGAUCAGGGUAUGUUGAUUGGGAACUCAAAACUAGUUGCAUAUUACCAGUAGGAUAUACUGUAUCUAAAACAGAAAAGCAUCAACUAAUGAUAUACCAUUGCAAAGUGUCAUGACACUCAGCCCAUGUAUAAAUGUCAUUGAUUUUUUUUGGCAAGAGGCCUUCAAGGCCAUUGCAUGAGUCGAUGCACCUUAAGUGUACUGUAGGCAGCUACCUACAUUAAAGAGAAGCUACCUAAUAUUCACGUCAUAUUCACACUCAUUCAUGUUCAUUGGCUCUUGUCCGUUGUCUUCUGCCAUUCUUUCGGUUUGUGUUUCUUUUGUGUCGCAUAAUGGUGGUGUCCAAGCAUUCUGCUGCACUUUUGCAAUAUUUGUUGAAGACUAUUCUGUCCUCAACCUCUGUGUAGGGUCAUUUUGAAGGUUUGAUGAUUCGCGUUCAAUAUUCAAGCAUUAACUGUAAAGCUUGUUUCAUUUUAGUUAUUUUCAGUGCAUUGUGUACUAUUUCUCUCACUCAAGCAUUUCAAAACCAAGUGACUCCUUUUUUACUCCGUGCCCUAGAUCCUGAUCUGGCAACAGAAAUGGUCUACUUUUUUGUGCACCACGUGGAUUAAGUCCCAAGACAAUACGUUUUCAUCCCAUCAUUCAUGAUCUCACAGUAGGCAGCCUUCUCCCUCCUGCAGAGGGGUUCAAUGCCUCGCACCUUAAUCUGUUUACAAAACAAACAUGGCUACUUUUAAUCUUCAGGUUUCUAAUAACGCUACCAGUCCAAUACUGCAGAUAUAUAAGAUUAGACUAAGAUUAAUUUAGGGAAAUAUCUUGAUACGUAACACUUGAUGAAUCUAGCUGAAGAGCACUUUACAUUGAUUUAACUUGUGCCUUGGUAUUUGGACAGAAGACUUUUUAGGAUCUUGUUGGAAAGUGGUACUUUUGAUUGUUGUAUAGUAUUAGAUGGUUUCUUCCAUGGGUGCACCUGUUCUUCCUAUUUCAUAUGUUGUCAUUCACUAAGGUAGUCGUCAUCUUUGUAUCGUGACAUGUUAAGGUAAUGAUCAUGCGUGUCUGUUGUAUGUGUGUAUGCAUGUUUUUUGUUUGUUUGUUUGCGAAAGGCUCUCUUGGUUUGUGGCAGCAAAUUGAUAAUGUAAGCAAAAAAACAAUAACUUUUGGUUAAGUUCUGUCCUGCUGCUGUGCACCUUGUAUUUAUGAUGGUGGACUGAUUUUUUUUCUUGACUGUAUGUGUUUUAUUACAAAUAAAAAUCAAAACAGUUUUGAUA